AUGGAUCCAGUGAAGAUUACAGAGAGAUUGCAGAAGAAGAGCAAGAAGAAGAUUGAGCUGCUAUCUCCAAAACCAAAGAAAGAAGCAAAAGUGAACAAUGACACUAAGGCUGAAAAUCAAAACCAGACUAUGGUUGCGGUGAGCACAGUGAUACUGAAGCUGAGCUGCUCAUGUGAUGGUUGCACCAAGAGGAUUCACAAGACUAUCUCUAAGACCAAAGGAGUGUAUCAACUGAAAAUGGACAAGGAGAAGGAAUUGGUAACAGUCACAGGGACAAUGGACGUCAAGUCUGUAACAGAGAAUCUGAAAAGAAGGCUGAAGAAAAGCGUCCUGGUCGUACCUGAGAAGAAGAAGAACAACACAGAGGGAAUCACAAAAGUCGGGUCUCCGGGUCUACCCGGUUAUGGGCUUGGACACUACGGUUUCAUGGAUGGCCGUUUUGGUGAGUUUUUCAGUGAGGAAGAUGAAAACUUUUGCAGCGUUAUGUGA